AUGCAGAUUCCAAUAGACUCCUUAGAAUCAAUUAGAAAUCGAUUAAACCAAAUACAUUUAUCACUUCGAAAAUUAUCCGAUCAAAUUAAUCAUCAUAAUAGGCACCCAAACCAAGUUAAGUUACCCAGCUAUAGCCACAUUCAAAAUCAAUUUCAAGUUCUCAUCACCCAAUUACAAUCUGUUGCAUCAAAUUUAGACAAUAAUGAAAAUGUAUUGAAAAACACCAAUGUUUAUCCAUUGCCUAGCUUCCCAGCAGCCCAGCAUGAAGGGUUGGUGACCACCUUAUUGAGAAAGAAACCAUUACCAGAGGUAGAUGAGUGGAUUGAUAAAGCAAUUAGUGAUGUGGAAAGCUUUAAUAUAGACAUAGUAAAAGAUGACGAAUUUGCCAAAUGGAGUUCAUCGAAAGUACAAGAACUAAAAGAAGAAUUUCAGUUUUACGGGUUCCACCUGGAUGAGGAAUUGCAUUUCUUGAAAACAGAAGAAGGGAAACGAGAGACACAAGAGAAGCAAAGAUUACAAAAUGAAAGAGAUGAAAUUGAAAGAAGGAUUACAGACGGAGGUAAAACUGGAUUAAAUUCGAAUCAAGUAUUAAAAUUUAUGUAUCAAGGAAUAUUAGAAUAA